GUCACUUCUCAUUCCACUAAUUUAGCAGAAAGGGAGGAGAGAGAGAGAGGUAGAGAGAGCCUGGCGGUGCACUGCUGAGCCAAUGGGGACCGUGAGACAGGAGCCGGACUGUCGGAGCCUCUGCAGUAUCUGACCUGAAAACAGGAGCCAGAACCCGCCUCCACGAACCACCACGAACCACCACGAACCACCACCACUGCUGCUGCUGCUGCUGCUGCUGCUGCUGGGAAAACCGACGGCACCCGAACGCACCGGGCCGGACGGGUUCUCCUCCUCCAGGUGAGAGGAGGUGAAAACGCGGACGCAGAAAAUAAUCCCCGCCGUUUAUCUCGGAGAUAUCGCGGAGAAAUACACACACACACACACACACACACACACGGUCGGUGUCCGCGGAGGAGCCACCGGGGAGCUGCGGAGGCUCAGUGCGGAGAGGAGGAGCGCAGAUCGGGGUUCGUGUUCUCCGUGGCGGAGCUCCGUGUUUACGCAGCGGCUGCAGAGAGCGAGGAGAGGGGGGAGGAGGACGCGGUGCAGCCGGGACGAGCAGGUUUCUGGAGGAUUUCUUUCUAUAUAAAAGGGGGUCAGUACCGCGGUGCGGAGAGCCAGAGAGAGAGAGAGAGAGAGAGAGAGAGAAGGUCUCUCUACCUCCAGAUGGGUUAAAACCGGUUCGGUCUUCCCGAGCCGCCCUCCGGAGCUCACACCUGCUCUCACCUGCCCACCCCGACCUGCAGGGGGCUGUAUGAUGUAGGAGCCACCACCCCCCCACCCCAAGAGUCCCCACUCUCUGCAUCACUAUCCUUUAACCCCCCCACCCGCACCCACCCACCCACCCACCAGUGUAUCUCUGCCCCCCCCACCCACCCAGCGUCCCACCAUGCCGGCGGGGAUGAAACCGCUGGAGAAGUUCCUGAAGAAGCAGACCACGGCGCUGACCCGGGCCGGGGGCUUUGUUGGAGGGGUGGCAGAUAAGGCCAGCGGGGGGACCGGGGCGUCCCGCCGGAGAGCCAGUCUGUCCCGGGUCGUACCGUUCUUCAGGGAGACGUCACCGGAGAGCGGACAGGCCCGAGAGGUGUUCAGCCCCGACAGUGAGGACCCCCCCUCCUGGCCCUCUGCCACAGGGACCGGCCUGGUCACAGCGCCCAGCAGCGCUAACGGCUCCGGAUCCGGUUCUGGAGGAGGAGACAUUCGCAGUCCGUCUCUGUCCAGCGAUGAGCAGAGCUCGGAGGCGAGCCUGAUCACAGAGACCAGUAGCGGGGGAGGAGGAGGAGGAGGAGGAGGGACGCCUCUUCCACCCGACACACCGGACAACCUAACCCUCUCUGUGCUCGACAGCGUGGCGGGAAAACGUCACGCACACUGCACAGAAACUCUGCUGGAUGACUUCAUGUUGACACAUCCCAUCUUCCUGACGGCGGACAGGUUUCAGCAGGUCCUGCUGCAGCAAUUCUCUCUGGAGACGGAGGGGAAGGAGGGAGACAGGGGAGGGAGGGAGGCGCAGGGUGAGAGGAGACAGGGAGGAGGAGAGACAGAGGGAGAGAGCGAGGGAGCGAUGGACGGAGCGGAGAGGAAGCAGGCAGUGCUCAACGUCGCCUUCAGAUAUCUCGACACAUACAGAGAACUCCUGCAGGAGGAAGGAGAGAGGAGCAACAGCUUCCCCAAGGAGCUGUAUCUGUGUGCGGUUCGGGAGUUGAGUCGGUGUCCUGAGCUGGUGGAAGACGUCCUCAAACUGCAGAGAUGGACCGAGAUCUUACACUGCCCCUCUGAAGAGGAGAAGGAGAGCAGGAAGAAGCAGGUCCGUCCUCUGUUCAGACACUUCAGACGCAUCGAUGCCUGUCUGCAGCCCAGAGAGGCCUUCAGGGGCUCCGACGAGAUCUUCUGCAGGGUCUACACUCCGGAUCAUUCCUACGUCACCAUCAGGAGUCGUCUGUCCUGUCGGGUCGGAGAGAUUCUGGCUCUGGUCAGAGAGAAACUCCAGUACAGCGAAGACCAACCGGUUCUGCCCGGAAACCUGAUCCUGGUGGCGGUGACAUCGGCCGGAGAGAAGGCCGUGUUUCGUCCCUCUGAUGAAGCCGUGUUCACCACGCUGGGAGUCAACACUCACCUGUUUGCUUGUGAACCCACCGAGCUCGAGUCCCUGCUUCCUCUUCCUGAGGAGAUCCACUGGACGCCGGGAGACAGCAAACUCCACGACAUGUCGGCGGAGGAGGUCGCCAAUCAGCUGGUGGUGUUUGACUGGGAGCUGUUCAGCUGUGUGCACGAGGUGGAGUUCGUGUGCUAUGUGUUUCACGGGGAACAGUCCCGCUGGCGCCCCCUGAACCUGGAGCUGGUACUGCAGCGCUGCAGUGAGGUGCAGCACUGGGUCGCCACAGAGAUCCUGCAGUGUCAGUCGCUGCCAAAGAGGGUCCAGCUGCUCCGCAAGUUCAUCAAGAUCGCAGCGCUCUGUAAGCAGCAGCAGGACCUGCUGUCCUUCCUCGCUGUGGUUCUGGGUUUAGACAACCCCGCCGUCAACAGACUACGACUCACCUGGGAGGGGCUCCCGGGGAAGUUCAGGAAGCAGUUUCAGCAGUUUGAGAGCGUCGCGGACCCGUCCAGGAACCACAAGUCCUACAGAGACCUGAUCACCAGCCUGAGACCUCCACUGAUCCCCUUCACACCUCUGCUACUCAAAGACUUAACAUUUCUUCACGAGAGCUGUAAAACGUUUCACGGUGAACUCGUCAACUUCGAGAAAAUGCAUAAAGUGGCUGAGAUGGUGAGGAUCAUCAGACGAUACAGGAGCAGCCAGCUAGCCAUGGAUACGGAGACGUCCCCCUCCCACCUGCAGACGAAGGCCUACGUCCGACAGUUACAGGUGAUCGACAACCAGAACCUGCUGUUCGACAUGUCCUGUAAACUGGAGCCCAAAGACACAUAAAGGGACGGACAGGAGGGACAAAAAGAGACUGAAAGAGACUGGAAAUGAAGAAGAGGAGAUUGGAUGGAGAGAAGAGGAGGAAGAGGAGGAGGAGGAGGAGGAAGACGCUUUAAUAAAGUAAAGGAGGAAAUGGAUUGGUGAGAGGGAGAUAAGGAAGGAGUCUCACACUGGAACCAGAAACUUCCUCCUCCUCCUCCUCAUCUACCUUCUUCUCCUCCUUCACCCUCCACUUUGACUGAGUUCUCAUUUGCUUCUUCUUCCUCUUUUCCUCCACCUCCUCCUCCUGCUCCCUCAUCCCUCCAUCAGCAGCAGUCUGAACACUGCCAGCAGCCCGACAACCACCGACUCACAGAGACGCUCGGAGGGACCAAGAACUCGCUAUGAGACGUGUUUUUCAAAUUUAACCUCCUGACGGCGGCAAUUUAUCCCUAAAGUCUUCUGGAUCAUUGACGUAAAUGUCUACGACCUCGGUGGAACAUUCAUAAGAGUCGUUUAACCGCCAUUUCAUGGGAAACAAGAAUUAGCCCAUUGGCCCAAAUAUAAGACCAAAUGUUUUCCGGGAUUUUACGUUUGUGUUGUUUUACAUAACGUUCACAUAACAUCAGAUAUUGUUGAACGGAGAAAGUGUUGCAGUGUUGCAUUGUGGGUUCGUCAGCACUAAAAGUGUUUAUGAAGCGAGUUGAAUCUGACAAUCAGCCAAGAAUCACGUUUCUGAUCCAAAGUUAGUGCAAAUAUGAACCAAAUCUCUAAAACAAGAAAAUACAGAAAGAAACAGGAAAUAUUUGAGGUAUUGUUUUCAAUUUCCAGAGUUUCCACUUGUUCAGAAAAUUGGAGGACCAACAGUCUCUCAGUGUUUCAAGAAGUCUUUGUUCGUCGUAUAUAUUUGGGUCAAUGUGGUGUUUCUGGGAGGACGCAGACGUAAGCGCCUGUACGGGUCUACAGAGAGAAGGGUGUAAUGGGUAACUGUGGGUUGCAGACACUCAAAAAUCAACAAUCCAACUUCCUGUUUGGGAGCCAGACCUGAAACGAAACACCGGAAAUGAACCCGGAAACUGUAGAAGAACCGAAACCACCACGUUAACGUCUCUGAACAACAAUGUGCAGACGGAGAAGCUUUUAAACUCGCCUGCGGACGUAAAGACAAACCGACAGACGAACUGACAGACGAACUGACGUAUCUCUUGUGGAUACCCGCUGUGCUGCAGUGGUUUUGUUCUCCAGGAUCUUUUCUCUGAUGAAGGUUGUGCAACUCUGAAUCUCUGCAGGAAAAAACAUACGAAAUAAAUUCAGUCGCACUGAAUCUUCGUACGAACUUCGUGUGACGCUGUGACGUCACAACACGAGUUUACACGUGCAGAAAUCUGUCAUCUGUAUUUCCAGACUGAAUAUAUUUUUCCAUCAAAUAGCAAACUCUUUUAGAUAUAUAGGACUCGACCACGUCGAUCUGUAACUGAACUCAUUUACGGUUGAUUGUGGGUUACAGAAGUGGUUAAGGGCUGUUAGGCUGACCUCUGAUCUGUGGUUUGUAUCAGCUGCCAUAUUUCACACAGUGACUGAACCCAACAGUGACGAUGCGUUCACUGGACAUAGAGACAAUGUGGGACAUCGGUCACGGUGCGUUCAUGGACACGUGGACGGAGGACGUUUCCUUGCUGGAUCAGAGUGCGUAGAUGCUGGUUUUCUACCCAACGUGAUCUCAGUUUCAGUCUGAAGACUCUCGGGUCUUUUCUGCUUUUUGUUUCAGAAUUCAAAUCAUGUUCACUUUAAAGGACCAUACUGUGUUUUUGUAUGUUUUAACCAGUUUUACUACAAAUCAAGUAUCAUCAGUUUUUCUUUAUAUUUCCAGUGUGGUUAAGUUCCUCCCAGAGAGCUGCAGGUGUCAAUGCGCAGGUCAGACUGAUAUUAUCAGAUAUUUAAAUAUCAGUUGAUAUAUAACAUUAAGAAUCUGUAGAAAAAUGUUGUGUUUAGGGCCAUUACACAGUUUGUCCACCAGAGGGCUCAAACAAGUUUAUUUGUACACUAUAAAAAGUCACAACUCUAAAAAAAAAAAAGGGUUGUACAACUUAAUUGUCCACAAAGGUGGAAAAUUGUCUGAAUUUAAAAGCAACAGACAAAUAAUAAUAAAAAUCAAAUUUUUAGCAUAAAAUGUUACUUUAAAGUACCAAAAUAAGACUACUGGACUCAUAGCUCCACCAAAAACUCCCAGAAAGUACCUUUCACAACCAAAUUUAAGAGACUUUAAUAAGAAUUAAGAAUAAUUCUGUUUGUAUUAAAGAACAAAUACCAGCUAAUUUAUUCUAUCAUCAACCGACACAUCUUGUAUUUAAGAGUAGAUAUUAAUUAGGACAAAUAAAUGUUUGACUGUUUCUUAAUCAUAGAAGAAGGAAACGGGAACAGCUGGUUGUUUUGUUCGGAGAUCGACGGGUGGGCGGAAUUGGAGUAAACCGGCUAAAACAUGCAAACACAGGUAUGGUGCUUUAAGAAAGUGAUGUGAAGUGGUUGAAAUCAGCCAGCUGUGUUACCCGGACGACAUCAUACCGGAGAGAUAAAUACAAACAUACGAGAGAGUCGACAGGAGUUUUUCUUUUUUCUUCUCAGCGUUUGGGAUCUACCUGCUGAACGACCAGCCGGCUUUAAAGGAAGGACCCGAUCAGCCCCACGGAGCGGCCCCCGCCAUUGGUCGGCUCGUGGAUUUGGCGGGUCGGGGUCCGAGGCAAUAACCGAGCGGCGGGAAGCGAAGCCGGUUGGUCAACUUAUCGCAGCAACAAGCACUUUUGCCAAACCUCAGGGCUCAGAGACACAGAGAGGUUUUGUUUACUCUUUAUUCUAGAUUUUCAGUAGAGUUCGGUUCAGUUGAGUCCAGUUGUGUUGCGAUCAAUUGGUUCUGUGUUUGUACAGCUGAUCACGCUUCAGUCAUAUUUACUAUAAUAAUAGAAAUCUACAGAGUUGUUGUUUUUCUGCUGUGAUCACCACCAGGUCUGAGUCCAGCUGGUCCACACGGAAACAUGGUUUUACUUUUGGUCUGAGUCAGAGUACACUGUAAAAACCUUCAUCUGAAGUCAUUUUGUCUGAGUCCCAUCAGAGUUAAUGAUGAACAAAGUGCUAGCUAACCCGCGAGACAGGGACCCGUUUCUAAAAAGCAAUUUGUGACCGUCAGUGAGAUAAAUUUGGGACUCGAACAGGGCUUUCGUCACAGAUCAUGAAAAUACUUGACUCAAGACAAAAUGAACUCCCACUGAAGGUUUUUUCUCGGUGCACUGAAGCGUUUCACUCUUCAGAUGUUGUGAAAAACGAACAUAUAGUUUCUUACCUGCGCUCUUGGCUCACAAACCCAGAGACUUCGAGAAAAAACACCAAAAUGUUUUGAGAAAAAAGCAGUUAAAGAAAGAAAGUAAUCCGAAUUUUAUGAGAUAAUUUGUAAUAUGACGAGAUAAAGUCAGUACUUCGUAACGUAAUUUAAAAAAGAAUCAUAGAGAUAAAGUUAUAAUUCGAUGACAUAAAGCUGUAACAUUUUGAGAUUAAUUACAGGAUAUUUUUAAUGAUCCUUGUCUGGAAGUCUUUUACAGCAGGUUGAAUAUUUGAUUUCAUAGCGAGACGUCCAGUCGAUGUCUUCCUUCGUCGGUUGGAGGAAACUCUUCAGUGCAUCAGGACGUUCACGUGUUUGUAAAAAAAGAUUUCUGAAAAUGUGUAAAUGGUUUGAAAAAUGUUACCUGUGCUCAGCUCUGGUGGCCAGUGAGACUUUGUCAUUCUCCAUCUGUACCAUAACAUCCAGUUUGUAAAAGCUCAGUGAGGCUGAUCCCAUCCAGAGCAAAGUCCGCCUCCACGUCAGAACCGGUUCACCAACCAGUCCAGGUUUCAGACCCAACAACUUUAAUUAAAUCAGUUUUAUUUAUAUUUUGUUUUACAACCUGGUCAAAUUAAUAUUAUUAAGAGUUUAAAGAACCAGUGUUCAGCUAUCGUACGCUCACGGUUUGAAGUAUUUAAGUAAUGUAGUAAUUUAAUGACGCUAUCUGCUGUAAAGAAGCAGUCUGACAUUUAUCUUGAGCCUUGUAUUGUUUCAUUGUUCUGUAAGAGUCGCUUUAAUGUUUUAACGACAAAGGAUCUCUGGGGAUGGGAGUUCAACUCACGACAGGAACUCAGAUUUUUCCAUUUCGGAUUUUGAGCGACAUCAUGUGAACUGAGGCGGAUUUAUUCUGGACGGGACAAAACUUCUCCACUUUGAUAAGACCUUAUAUCCAAUAUAGGCUAAUUUAUAGACCUUAUAUCUAAAUGUUUGUUUCCCAGAACUUUCCCAGAAUUCUCAAGAACAAAAGUUCAAAGUACCAAAAACAUUCUAGUCACCUCUGAGAAGAUUUCAAACUUUCAAAUUCACAAGUUCAAACCCCCAAAACCUCAAGUUCUAACUUGAGAACACAAGUUUGAGUUUUAACUUCAAAGUCAGAACUCACAUAGACACAAUUUCAAAUUCAAACUCUCACAAACACGAGUUCAAAACUCUGAGAACCAAAGUUUGAACCCCCAAGAACAUGAGUUCAGAUUCUCUGUAUUAAGGUCUUGUCGAGGUGGAGACGAUUGCGGUUUUGGUCGGGUACAAAGUGUGAAACCCAGUGAAGAUGACAUCAUCACUAGUCUGCCGGUGGCUCUCUCAGGACCACUUCCUGGGUGUCGGGCGGUUUAUUAUGGAUCCCAGUGUAGUUCUGAGCAGAAACUGAAGACUUAACGAAAUCUGAACCUAAACAAAGACGAAUCUGAACUGAACAAACCUUCCGGGUUUUGGACCAAUCGUGGCUUCUGCGUCUAAUUCUGCUGGGAUGCAUAAUUUCGGGAGGGAGGCGGCCUCUUGGGUCGAGGCCGUCUACUGAGUUGCCCGUGUGAAAACACUGAAAAAAUAAAAAUGUGUACAUAGUGCAACCCUGUAAAUAGGCAAAUACUAACGGAGACUCUAUUUUAUGUAUGAGCGGAGAGAGAGAGUGACGCUAACUCAAGGAGAAAUAUUUGAUUUGAUGUUUUUUAUUUGUAAAAGUGAGCGAGAAGUGUACAGUGACGAUUGCAAGAGAAAGAAAUGAUGAUGAAUUUAUGACUUAAUGAAUUGUACAGUUAAAUCUCUUCAGUUUGAUUGUUCUGUUGUUUUCUAUCUAAAGCUUGGGGUUGUUUCUGUUUGGGUUUUUUGUACAGAAGUGGUUGUUUACAUCGAUACAAGUCCUUAUUUCUGUGAACAAUGUGAUUGGAGCACAGGCCUGGGGGUGGGGCCGGUAGUGGGCGUCGUGCAAGUGAAGUCUGAACCAUGGAGUAGUAGAGCAACUGGUACAUUUUUUUUCAGAAUGACAUCCAAAUAUUUUUCAUUUCUUAUAGUUUUGAGUUAUAAUUGUACAAGAACAUUUUUUUUCCCGAAAUAUUAUGAGAUUGAUUCGUAAUUGUAUAAAAGUUUUGUCAUUUCCAGAAUACAGAUUUAAUUUUGUGAGAUAAAACUCAUAAAUCACAGUUUUGAGAAAAGUGAUUUAAUGAGAGAAAUAAUAUUUCAACAUAAUGUUGGAAUUUUAAUAGAAAAACAAAUGUUAUUGGAAAAAAGUGAAUUAUGAUACUUAUUAUUAUUAUUAUUAUUAUUAUUAUUAAUAUUAAUAAGUUGUAAUUCAUAAAAAUCUUAUUUUUAGAGAAUUAAAUUGUAGUUUUGCAAGAGAAGUCAUUUUUAUUAAAGUUAUAUGAUAGAAUAAAGACAAAAUUACAAGAAACUCUUAAUAUUUCAAGAAUAUUUGAAUAAUGUUUUUUGAAACUUUUUACAAGAAACAAGUUGUAAAAUUAAAUAAGAGUUAAAUGAGACUUAGAAUAUUAAUUAGGGCUUUUUCCUCAUAACAUUAUGACUCUAAAACUUUAUUCUGACUUCUGAGUAAAAUUACUAAAUUAUUUCAUGUUACAAUUAACUCUUCUACUAAAAGUCCAACUUUAUCUUAAAAUUUUACAACUUUUGUCAAUUAAAAUGAAAACUUAAUCUCAUAUUAUUGUUUUUCUUCCAUCGAUGCGUUUAUUAUCCUGAUUUCAUGACUUAUUUUUCUCAUAACAUUAAUACAUUUUUCUCAUUAUUGAACAGUUGCUCUGAUACUCGAUGUUAUUGAUGAACUUUAUUAUAUUUAUUCUCUGCAAAAACAAUCUGAGGGGAAAAUAUUUAGUUUAAAUUGAUUUAAAUAAAAAUUGCAGAGGAGAUAAUUCAAGUUGAUUUGAAUGGGGAAAAAGUGAAAAACAUAAAAUGUUACGAUCAGAAACAGGAAGUUUAAUGGAUGGAUGUUAAAUGGAAUUGAUGAAUUGAUAAAUUAGUGAUUACUUUGCUUCUCUACUGAUUGGAAACUCGGCUGAAAUGAUUGAAUGGGACAGAUUUCCUCCAGACUUGUAGCUCCCUCUGCUGUCACACUACAGACACUGAAAUAAAACCUCUGGACAACAACA